AACUAAACCGAAAGAAUUGAAACAUUUUCGGAUAUUUUCAUUUCAGAUGCGAGCAGCAAACGGUUAACAAAGAGCCAUUUAUGUGAGGAACACAGAGGCACAAUCUUCAUGAAUUAUGGAACAUGUAAACACAACAAAUACAAGGCAACAGCAACAGCAGCAACAACAGCAGCGCCAACAGCAGCAACAACAGCUGCAGCAGCAUCAACUGGAACAGCAGCAACAACAUAGCGACAAUCAACAGCAAUUCUGCCUACGAUGGCAUAAUCACCAGACCAGUUUGCUAAGCACUCUGCCGGUGCUGCUGGACCAAUCCCAAUUGACGGAUGUUACCAUUUCGGCAGAGGGUCGUCUGCUGCGUGCACAUCGCGUGGUACUCAGCGCCUGCAGCAGCUUCUUUAUGGAAAUCUUUCGGGCUCUGGAGGCCAACAAUCAUCCGGUCAUCAUAAUACCAGGCGCCAGCUUUGGUGCCAUCGUCGCGCUGCUUACAUUCAUGUACUCGGGCGAGGUCAAUGUAUACGAGGAGCAGAUACCCAUGCUGCUCAAUCUGGCUGAAACGUUGGGCAUUAAGGGACUGGCCGAUGUACACAAUAAUAAUCUACCUAAGACAGCAAAAAGUACGCCGACUGCCUGUAUGGAGUCGACCGGCGUAGAUAAGCUACCGGCAUUCGAUACCACUCGAACACCAUCGCCCACGCCCACGCCCACAGCCACACCCACGCCUACGCCCACAAGUACGCCCAACCUGGCCAUGUCCAAUCCCAGUCUGCAAGCACCGUUGCUCGCCAAUAAGCUGGGAUCGCCAUUGGAGAAUUUCUUCUUGAAGUCGUUGCAAUUCUAUCCGAAUCUCUUGCCGCAACCUUUGAACUUCUCCCAAACGGCGUUGAACAAAACCACAGAGUUGCUGGCCAAAUAUCAGCAGCAGUGUCAGCUCUAUCAAAGCAACCUGGAGGAGGAGGAAUGUUACGGAGCCAAGCGUAUGAAGACGGGCAGCGGCACAGCGGGCAGCAUAAGCCACUCACAAAAAGACAUCAAGCGCAUAGACAAAAUCGUGGAAAAUUUAAGAACUAGCUCCAGCAGUAAAUCGCCCAUGGAAUGCGGUGCUCCGAACUCGAUCGUGGCCACUUCACCUGUAACACUUGCUCCUCAGACCAUGUCGCACUUCUCGCCGCAGCUGCCUGUGGUCAAGACAUCGCCCAGCUACAACAAUCCCUUGAAUCCCGCCAGCCAUCUGUACAGCGGCGCCAAGCUGCCCGGCUAUAGUGCCGCUGCCACGCCCACAACGGCACAGCAAGCAGCACAGUCGCAUCUGGCAAGUCCGCCCUACAUAACGCCCGAGGAUCAUGUCAAACUACAGCAACACAUCGAGCAAUACGCAGCUUGUCAACGAGAAGCGGCGGCCGCUGCGGCAGCUGGUCAACUGAUCAGCGCCAAGUCGGAGCCGAAUUUGUUGUCCCUGAGCGCUGAGAAAAUGGUGACGCCUAACAAGCCGCCAUCCAACUCUAAGCUCUAUGCCACGUGCUUCAUCUGCCACAAGCAGCUGAGCAAUCAAUACAAUCUGCGUGUGCAUCUCGAGACCCAUCAGAACGUGCGCUAUGCGUGCAAUGUCUGCUCACACGUGUCGCGUAGCAAGGAUGCAUUGCGCAAGCAUGUCAGCUAUCGUCAUCCGGGCGCGCCGUCACCCUGCGAAAACGAAGCCCGACGCAAACGCGUCACCAAGCUGGCAGCUCAAUCAAUCUCCGCCAACGCACCGACGGCUACAGCAACCAGCAGCGAUAUGACUGCAGGCGAGGUAUCAGGCGCCAGCUCCGGCUCAGGCUCUGGCUCUGGCUCUGGCCCAGCCUCGCUUUCCGCCAAUCCGUAUCUAUUUCUACCCAAUCAGUUUCAACUGGCUGCGGCUGCUGCUGUGGCCGAGGCGAAUACAACAGCGUCAAGCUUAGAUGUGGCGCACGAAGUGCCCACGUCCAUGAAAAGUGUAACUCCCGUCGCCCGCAAUGGUGAUGCAGGCAGCGAGACGGAUACAACAAUCAUUUAGAGCACCUGAGAUUCACAUAUGUAUAUAUAUAUAUAUAUAUAUGCUUCCUCACACACACACACACAAAAACACGCACACAAACACGCUCUCACUUUAAAUUAACCCCACCGUGCACCGAAACCAAACGUCUUAGACCCGGCUGUGAUACUUAGCACAAUUCGUCGAUUUAAUUUGAAUUUAUUCUCUUAUUAAUUUUAGCGCCAUUUGUUAGAGUUUCGCUUGCACUUAUCGACAAAACGCUUCGAUAAGUCUGCAAGUGGUGGCAUCACUGUCACAGUUUGAGGGUGACAUGUCCUAACAGUUUGGGUAGCACUGACUGCAUUCACCCAAGCUGUUUCUAUGAUCAGAAACUGUAAUAUUGCGAGGCUUUUAAUUUACCUUCUACAAAGACCAACACACACACUCUCACACACUCUUACGCACACACGCCUACACAUUCUAAUAAAUUAAGAGCAAUUUUUAUAAAUAUUAUAAUUAUACACCAAAAACACGUACACACACAUGCACACAAAAAGACAAGGUGAAGACC